AAUGACAUUACACGCAAAGCAACACUCACGGCUGGCCGCCAGUGUGUUUCCGGCUGGUGGGGGAGGGGUUUGGACAAGAUGGCCGGAUCCACAGUUAAAGUCCCUCGUAAUUUUCGCUUGUUGGAAGAACUUGAAGAGGGUCAAAAAGGAGUAGGAGAUGGUACAGUAAGCUGGGGUCUGGAAGAUGAUGAAGACAUGACACUUACACGGUGGACAGGCAUGAUUAUUGGACCACCAAGGACAAAUUAUGAAAACAGAAUAUACAGCUUGAAAGUAGAGUGUGGGCCUAAAUAUCCUGAGGCACCUCCAACAGUUAGAUUUGUAACUAAAAUUAAUAUGAAUGGAAUAAAUAAUUCCAAUGGAAUGGUGGAUGCACGGAGCAUACCAGUGUUAGCAAAAUGGCAAAAUUCUUAUAGCAUUAAAGUUAUACUUCAAGAGUUAAGGCGUCAAAUGAUGUCCAAAGAAAAUAUGAAGCUUCCACAACCUCCAGAAGGGCAAACUUACAACAAUUAAUUUUAGCUGAAUCCCAAACUUGUCUUAAACAACUUCUACUUAUGUUAAUGUCUUGAUUCAAUUUCACAACGCAAACCACCCACACAUUAAGAGUUUCUGCUGGUAUAUAUGAUCUGGACAUUGAAAGAAUAUAUGCAUAUACAUAUACAUAUAUAUGUAUGUAUAUGUAUAUACAUACAUACAUACAUACCCCAUAUGUUUUCAGGCACAAUCAGAGAAAAAAGGCAGCACAAUUUUUUCCUCUUUACCAAGCACUAUCAUUUUAAGCAUAAGCCUGAAGUAGCCUAAAUUUGGAACUCCAGUGUUUCAAGAUGAGCGCAUGAUCGGAAGUGUCAGGUUGCUGUGGAAUAAUGUUUCAGAAACUUUUUGCAAGAAGAAAAAAAAACUAAUGGCAUGCUUUAUCCAUCUUGCUUUAGUGAAAGAGCUGCAGAUUAAAACAAUUAAGUAGCAGGUACUGCAAAUACCAUUGCUCAACUUGUUUAAUUUUUGCAAUGUGUGGGUGCUGACUGCUAGUAGUAUUUCAGAAUAUGGUCAGGAUUGUUUUGAUACUUGUAUUUAUAAAAUGGGGGAAUGAUUUUCUUUUAAGCAGCUCCUGUGUGUUUCAUGUAAUGGACAUUGCAAAUAUUUGUUUACAGUCUUCGUUCUAAUAAACCAUGCAUUUAAGUUUUAGUGAAACCAACAAACAAAAAAAAAGGAAAUAGGUGUAUGGAUAUGUGAUUGAGAAUAAAGUUAGUCUUCAAAUGUAAAUAAAAUGUGAAAAA